AUGGCGAGCGCGACUCCCAGUAAGAGUGUGGAUAGUGAGCUGUGCUGCUCCAUAUGCCUGGACACGUUCGUCUGCCCCUCCACACUGAGCUGUGGACACUCGUUCUGCCUCCGGUGCCUGGAGGCCGCCUGGGAGACGGCGAGCAGCUUCAGCUGCCCGCAGUGCCAAGCGACCUUCCCUGUGCGACCCCAGCUGAGGAGGAACGUAGUCCUCGCCAACCUGGCGGAGCAGCUCAGAGUUGGAGUCGGGAUGGCCGAGGCCAUUGUGUGUGACAUCUGCAGUGGUGACCAGAUUCCUGCAGUGAAGACCUGCCUGAGAUGUGAGAUGUCUUACUGUGCAACGCACGCAAGGCCUCACUUGGAGAAUCCCAGGUUAAGAGAACACCUCCUGGUGGCUCCCAUCGCGAACCUGGAGGAGCGACGCUGCCAGCAGCACAGACAGGAGCUCAUUCUGUACUGUGAACAGGAUGACAGCCUGGUCUGCACAGUCUGUACCAUCGCUGGGGAACAUAGAGAGCAUGAGGUCAUUCCAUUGGAAAAUGCACAACGGACAAAACAGGUGAGAUAUAAAUCGAUACCACCUCACAACCUGGGAGGUUGGAAGAUGCAAACGGAGGCAUUGAGACUCGAGAAGAUGGAGAGAGAGGAGAAGAAGACUACGGCAGAAUCAAGGACACAGCAGCUCAAGGGUACCUUCAAACACGUGCAGGAGUCUCUGCGUGGGACCAAGGCGCGGAUCAGCCGAGAGUUUGACCGCCGGAGGGAGCAGCUGAGAGAGGAGGAGAGGGAGGCGCUGGAGCGCGUGGACGAGGAGGGCCGCUCCGUGCUGUCCCGCAUCCAGGCGGACAUCGCUCGCUACGAGAGCAGAGCACGCGGCCUGGAGCAGGAGAUCAACCAGCUGCUCGCCGCACUCACCGUGCAGGACCCACUCUCCUUCCUGCAGCAACACAACAGACAACAGAACACCUGCGUGUGUGUGUACACGCCACGUGUGUGUGUGUACACGCCACGUGCACUGCUCGUGCCGCUAAUGCGCACGCGUUGCCGUGACCGUUGUGCGAUCGUCGUCGCUGUCCUCACCACAGAUGGAUGCUCGCCGACUCUGGACACAAACUCAGCCUACGACCACCUCCAGAUUUCCUCGGACCUCAGGGCGGUGAUGUGGAGCGGUGUCCCCCAGGGUCGUCCCCAUCACCCAAACCGCUUUGAUGUCUGGAACCAAGCCCUGUGCUCUGAGAGCUUCUCGUCGGGUCAGCAUUACUGGGAGGUGGACGUGGGGAGCGCCGGGCAGUGUCGGGUUGGAGUCGCGUACGGGACAAUCCCACGGAGAGGGAGUGGUGAUGAGUGUGGCCUGGGAGGGAGUGACGUGUCCUGGUGUCUACAGAAACUUGACAACAGCUUCUCAGUCCUGCAUGGCGGUGUAGCGACCUCACUGUCGGUGUCGGAGCCUCUGCGGAUAAUCGGGGUUCACCUGGACUGGGACGCGGGGCUGCUGUCGUUUUACAGCGCUGACUCCAUGGCGCCGUUGUAUUUGUUUCACCAAACCUUCGCUCAGCCCCUACAUCCUGGGCUGGCAGUGGGGUGUGAUGAUGGUGCCUCAGCGAGGAUUAUGGAUAUGAGUGGCAGUCGCCACCCUCGUCACCGUCACGCGCAGUGACACGCCCGUGACUGGCUGGUGGCUGUCGGUGUCUAGGGGUUGCGUGGCUCUCCAUCACAACAGGGGGGCUGAGCGUAAACAAUCCUCACAACCUUCAUAGGGGGGUGAUAAAAUAAGUACCGCUCUGUGUGUGGGUGUGAAGCCAACGUGGAUGUAUUCACCCUGCCAGAGGAGUGUGACUGUAGUGUAGGGGUGCAGUGUUUCGCAAUGGUGAACUGGGAUGUGUUUAUACACCGGUGGUGUCAUAGAUUGUGGGAGAGAUGCAACAAUAAUAAUAUUGAUUUUUGAAAGUAUAAAUGUCGGCGUAUGACAGUGGCAUUGUGACGAUUGUAUCGUCCAUUCUACAAUAAAAAUACCGAACAAACAACAACAAUGUAGUUAUGUACAGCGUCAUUCGUGCUCACUGCAUCCCCAACGCUGUUCAUUAAUUAAACACG